CCCAACUUUCGAAGAUCCGAGCUAUCUCUCGGAGGCUCUCAUCAUAUACUUGCUCGUAUAAUUUACGAAUUCGACUUUCUCGUUUCCUGCACCCCUGUAAAGGGAGAACCCAGCAGAUUCCGCCUUUUCUCCCGCUAGGCAUCUGGUGAUCCACUAGGUUCCCCGAUCCCAGUUCUGAACGCUUCGCAUCUAUCGCAUCAAGUAACCAUGUCUGAACCACCUUACGACCCCUAUAUUCCUUCUGGCUCUAGUGCCAACGCCCCAGCUGGGGCCAGCGCUGCGCAGAAUGGCGAUCCCAGGACGAGGGAAAUCGACAAGAAAAUCCAGGAAACUGUUGAUACGAUGCGGUCGAAUAUCUUUAAGGUUUCGGAGCGUGGCGAGCGUCUAGACUCGCUACAAGACAAGACUGAUAACCUGGCCGUAUCAGCCCAGGGUUUCCGCAGGGGUGCGAACCGCGUGCGGAAGCAAAUGUGGUGGAAAGACAUGAAGAUGCGCGUAUGCCUGGUGAUCUGUGUCAUCCUCUUGCUUGUGGUUAUUAUUGUGCCUGCCGAUAAGCUAUGAAAUGCAGCGACAGUCACGUUUGUCUUGGGAAUGGAUGUUUUUUCAACUGGUUUAUCUGUAUUUGAGACGGUGAAGCUUCGAUUU